AUGACAGGUUCAACCAGCAAUCCAAAGCUGCUGUUGUACCGAGAUUUGUUCUGUCGCAUUUGUCUACAGUACAGCAAAGGCGCGUUGAUUCCGAUCGAUGCGGAAAUUAAGAAGACUACACUGUUGGAUAUGUUUAUUCAACUCACCACUUUUGAGCAUGAAAAUAAUGAGGCAUUGCCACGGUUUAUGUGCGAACAGUGCGUCAGCAAGUUGACGCUGGCGUUUAGCAUCCGGGAGGAGUUUAUAAAUCAAACGGAGCUGCUGCUGAAAUUGGUCGUGCAGAAGCAACUGAUCAAAUACUACGAGCAGUUCCCACUGGAGCUAAAUUUGUCAGCUAAUGCGAAGAUUAAAGCACCAGCGAAAGAAUCACUAUCGCCAUCGUCAAGCCAAAAUUAUGCACGAGACGAGUUGAAAGCAUGCGAAAAGAUGGUUGCAAAGGUGGUAAACCCCAAACGAAGGGGAGUACCGACCACAAAUCCGGCCGUACCACAGAAACCCGAACAGAUGGUCAUCGCGGACGUUGUGAAAGAGGAGAUCACAACUGUCACAGUGGACGAAGCAGAAGAAAUCAUGCAUGAUCCGAUCACAACACAAGAGGACACUAGUUUUGGCGAUAUACCAAACGAUUGGGACUCGUCCAGCACGGGCACGUCGGUCGAUGAGGACGAUUGGAGCUACAGUCUCAAUCCACUCACGCCGCAAAAGCUGGCUGAGCUCAAACCGGUACGGUUCCGGCGAAAGUAUCCGAGCGCCUCACGCAAACGCCCCAAACCGGACGAAGACAAACAUGGCAAAAAGAUAAAACAGAACCAGUUUUCCACAACCACCUGCUACAUCUGUGAUACGAAGCAUGAUUCUAUCGCACUUCGUGACGACCACUUUCGGCAUCAUAUUCACAUGCUACCGUACGAAUGUACGGAAUGUAUCGCGGAUCCACCGGUGGAAGAUGAACCGGAAAAAGACCGGACGGAACAGUCGGAACAGUCGACAGCCGCCAAGCAUAUUGUGUUGCGGAGCGUUAUCCAGCUGAACACACACAUGAUGAUGCAUACGAUGCCGCACAAAUGUGACCACUGUUACAGACGGUUUAUGUCGACGUAUCUGCUCAAUCACCAUCUGUGGAACUAUCACGAGCAUUCGAAGGAAGGGCUGACGUGCGAAUGGUGCGGCAAGCGGUACUACACGCGACGUCCCUUCCAGGAGCACGUAAGACGUCACAAGCACUCUACGACCGAACGGUUCAAGUGCGACACGUGCGGUCGUACGUUCGGUUCGAAUGCGUUGCUCAAGCGUCACUUGACGGUACACACCGGUGAAAGGAACCACAAAUGCACGUACUGCCCUCGGCGCUUUAGCCGAAGGUGUAAUCUACUCGACCACUUGCGGCUGCACACGGGCGAACGAUGUCACAAGUGCGACAAAUGUUCUCAAACAUUCAACAGCAAAGCGUCGCUCGAGAAGCAUCAGCAAAACUAUCACAGUGAGACGGCGUUGUUACCGCCCAAGGGUGAUCGUAACAUUUACACGCUACAGUCCGAUGGUUCCAGACUGUAUCGCUGCAAAACGGAGGAUUGUGCGUUUACGAGCGUUUCCAGUACGAUUAUGACACAGCACCGACAACGCCACAAUAAGCCGUUCGUAUGUGAAGAGUGCGGUCAGCGGUUUGUGGCACCGAAGUAUGUCCGCAAACACAUGAGUGUGAUGCAUUCGGGGAAACCGAGGAAACCGUACCAAAGGUCCGCUAGUACAAUGAAGAAGCCAAAAGAAGAACUUAUAGACGAGUCAACCGCUGAUCUUAGCGUGGACGAAGGUUUGAUCCAGGAGGUAAAACUGGAAGAGGAGAUGCAGGUGGAGGAUGACACGUGGCCAAAGGUGAAGGAUAACAUCAUACGCACCGAGUGGAAUGCAGGCGAACUGAACGUUGUGCGGGAGUACGUGGUCGAAUACUCCUCAUCGUCACGCUCGAUCAGCUGCUCCUGUGCCUCAUCUUCACGAUCCUGCUCGGCCGCAUUAUCCAUGUGCACCUUGUUCAUGAACAUAAAUAGUACAUCUUAUCCGAUGGAUAAGACAUCUUCCUCCACAUCGGCACAGAAAGCUGUUUUACGACGGUUCUGCCGGCUGUGCAUGCGAGAAUAUCCUUUUCUGUUGCCUUUCGAUGCGCUGCUGAAAGAUGUUACGCUGGCCGGAAUGCUGGAACGACUAUUAGGUGCAUUCAAGCUGAAACAAACACAAUACCUUCCGGACGGAGUUUGUUCACACUGCGUGACCAAGUUGGACUAUGCGUACAAUAUACAGAAAGAGUUUGUUCGUAACGAGCAUCGGUUAAGACACUACCACCAGGAGGGCACACUGUUGACGAAGUUGUUUGAAUAUCAAACACAAAUCACUGUCUCGAAAAGCAGUUAUACGGACCGGAUGGUGGCAGAACACGGAGCAAGUUUGCUGACGGAAAGAAUCGAAGUUAAUCCAGAGGGUGAUGCGCCCAACAUUUCUGAAGCGGAAGCAGAUGCAGCUAAAUUGUACAAAUCUCGCCAUCCACCAGCCGAGUGGACUGUUGUAGAUUGUGAUUGCUCUUCGAAAUCAGAACAAUCUACGAAGGACGUACCUGAACGCGCUUCAAAGCGAACACUGCGGAAUCGCCACAUCCUGCGACAGGCAAUUGAUGCGGAAAAUCCAACCGGUCUAAACGAAACUACUAUCAAUCCCUGUAAAUGUUACAUAUGUGAUACUGUGCUAGAAACAGAAGAAGCUUACCGGGACCAUCUAGUCAGCCAUGUAGAUAUGCUACCGCACAGAUGUCCACAUUGCAUAAGGGCCGGUGGAUUGGAUGAUUCAAUAGAUGCCACGCUGAUUACCUCGUUAGCAAUGAUGCAGCGCCAUUAUCGAAUGCAUUCGUACCCACUGAAAUGUCCACACUGUCCACAGCGUUUUCGCAAACACACCACCGCAUACUCACACAUACGCUAUCGGCACGAAUUGUUCGAUAAUCCGGAAGGUUACACGUGUGACAUAUGUGGCGUCACAAUGCAAUAUCGUCCCUCAUUCCGGUAUCACAUGCGUAUCCACUAUCACGAACAGAUGGGAACAUUCAAAUGUCAGUACUGCGAUCGUGUUUUUGGUACUCGGGCCCGCCUAGAUCAUCACGAACGGACACACACCGGCGAACGACCGUUUGCAUGCCAUCUGUGCCCGAAAACAUUUACCCAUUCGGGACAGCUAAAGACACACGUGUCGCGACAUAAUAAUGAGCGCGGCCACAAGUGCACUCAGUGUGGAAAAGCGUUCUUUAACAAGGCAAUGUUGCGACAGCAUCUGGUGUCCCAUGGAACGGUCGAACAAAGAAAAGUAACCAGCUCCGGUGCGGUUAAAAUCCGGCAACGACCCUGUUCGUACCCUGGCUGUUCGCACGUGGCACUAACGUAUCAGUCAUACUACUUACAUCGUCUCCGGCACGAAAUGGCCCACCGGUGCGAGGAAUGCGGUCGACGGUUUGCUAGACUUAGUGAGUUGCGGCGACAUCGUCAUAUUUCCCAUUCACAGGACAAUCCGUUGAAAUGUGAACUGUGCAGCAAAACGUUCAUGAGCUCGCAAAGCCACCGGGAGCAUAUGGAUUCGCACGCGAACGUCCGGCGAUUCGAGUGCGAUGUGUGCGAUAAGAAGUUUGUGCGCCGUCGCAAUUUGGUUACCCACCGUAUGUCCCACACUAACAUUCGACCGUACCGGUGCGAAGACUGUGAUAGCGCGACGUUCAAGUACAAGUGCGACUUAAACCGGCAUCGGAAAGAAAAGCAUGGACCGCUUGAACAGCCGGAUGGUGGAACUGUAAACGACCAGAUUAUUCUGAUAAAUGAUGAUCCUGAAAUGGAUGGAAUGCUUGUAGAAAGUGUUCCAGAGGGAAUGCUGGUGAAUGAGGGCAUUGUGCUAGAUGGAACGUACGGUGAAGUAAUUGAGACGGUGGAAGAAUCUAUUGUCGUUGAGCAGCCUAUAGUUAGCAUUGGGAUAGAUGAGACCACCAAGGAGGAGUAUAUUAUAGAGUACAUUAAUCACGUGUGA